AUGAGUAAAGACUUGAAGAGCCUGCGACAGCUCACCGUGCCUCUGCUCUUCCUCGCCCUGUGCGUCGCGGUGCAGCGAUCCGACUCUGCGGCUUGCCAUGGAUGUGUGGGAUCCAAAUGUGACUGCAGUGGAGUGAAAGGAGCCAAGGGCGAACGGGGUUUCCCAGGUCUCACCGGACAGCCAGGAGUCCCAGGGUUCCCCGGACCCGAGGGGCCGAUUGGACCCAGAGGAGAGAAGGGCAGCGAUGGACCUCAAGGACCAGGUGGCCCGAAGGGAAUUAGAGGGCCUCCUGGAUUGCCAGGAUUUCCAGGAACACCAGGUCUUCCAGGUCUGCCAGGGCAGGACGGACCUCCAGGCCCGAGAGGAGUGCCAGGUUGCAACGGGACAAAGGGUGACAGAGGUUUUCCAGGAAGUUCAGGAAUCCCUGGACAGCAAGGACUACCUGGUCCACCUGGUCUUCCAGGACCAAAGGGAGACCCAGGCGAUGUGAUCUCAACAAAUCGUUUUGGAGAGAAAGGAGCUGUGGGAUUGCCCGGAUUGCCGGGAGUUCCUGGCACUUCUGGUCCCCCUGGUUUACCAGGUGCACUCGGGCCUCCCGGACCCAGAGGAUAUGAGGGUCGCCCAGGUCCUCCUGGUCCUCCUGGACCAAAGGGAAACAUGGGUUUGAACUUCCAAGGACCCAAAGGAGAGAAGGGUGAACCUGGUUUGCCAGGACCUCCCGGUCCUCCAGGACAGGUGGGAGAACAGAAGCGGCCCCCAGAGACUGAGAUUCAGAGAGGAGACAAGGGUGACCCAGGACUUCCCGGCCCUCCAGGUGAUCCAGGCUAUCCAGGACCUCCUGGUCCCUCAGGCGGCCAGAAAGGAGAUAAGGGCGAUCCAGGAGAGCCAGGCAAACGAGGCAAACCAGGCAAAGACGGUGACCCUGGUCCUCCAGGAUUCCCUGGCAUCAAAGGAGAGUCAGGCUUGCCAGGUCCUCCAGGCAGGGAUGGAGAGAGAGGUCUAAAAGGAGAUCGUGGAUAUCCUGGCCCACCAGGAGUGAUUGGCGGGCAGACAGCAGGUCGUGUUGGUCCUAAAGGUGAGCCCGGGUACCCUGGAACACCUGGGAUCAAAGGGGAGCGCGGACCCACAGGUUUGACAGGACCUCCCGGAACACCAGGACGUCCAGCCAUCGGUGGUAAUGGUCAGCCUGGACCUCCAGGUUUCCCAGGAGAAAGAGGUCAGAAAGGAGAGCUUGGUCCUCCAGGGCUCUCUUUGCCCGGUCCCCCAGGACGUCCAGGAUCUCCCGGUGGCCAGGGGCCACAAGGGCCCCCUGGACCUCCGGGCUUUUCCAGUGCAGGACAAAACUGCAUCCCUGGAGAGGCUGGGCGUCCCGGCGUGCAGGGAGAGAGAGGUUACCCAGGAGAAACAGGCCAGAAAGGUGACAAGGGCGACACCUGUGUGAACUGCUUUGGUGGCACCAGCUCCAUCCCAGGACCCCCAGGACCCCCCGGAUCGCCUGGAUUCCCUGGAACACCUGGUGGCCAGGGUAUCAAAGGAGACAGAGGAUUUCCAGGAACACCUGGAGCUGUCGGCUCACCUGGAUCCCCUGGACCUCAAGGUGCCCCAGGAUUCCCCGGAGAGAAGGGUGACCCAGGUGAUGCCAUCACAGUCACUGGUAUAAGGGGGGAGAAGGGUGACACUGGUUUCCCCGGAUCACCCGGUCUGCCUGGUCUGGACGGACGCCCCGGUCGUGAUGGAGUGCCUGGAUCUCCUGGGCCCAAAGGAGCUCCCGGCUCUCUGCUCGUGAAAGGAGAACGAGGACUCCCCGGUGAGCCAGGUUCCCCUGGUCUUCCAGGGGACAGGGGUCCCCCAGGUUCCCCCGGCUUUGGACCUCAAGGGCCCUCAGGAGAGAAGGGAGUGCAGGGAGUCUCAGGCAGACCUGGAGGUCCUGGUGCACCUGGUGCUAAAGGUGAACCAGGCCUGACAGUAGCAGAGAAAGGAUUACCAGGAGCCAGAGGACAGGAUGGAGAGCCUGGAUUGCCUGGUGGACCAGGUAGCCCAGGUCAGCCCGGACAACCUGGUUUCCCUGGUUUACCAGGAGCGAAGGGUGACCCUGGACUCCCAGGCAUCGGACUCCCUGGACCCCCAGGAGCUAAAGGAUUCCUAGGUAUCCCCGGCCAGCCAGGAGCUCCUGGAGGACCAGGCAGACCAGGAGUGGAUGGACUUCCCGGCCAGCCUGGAUUUCCUGGAGCCAAGGGUGAGCCUGGCUUUGGACUACCUGGCCCACCUGGUUUACCAGGAAUGCCUGGAGGUAAAGGUUUCUCUGGACCAAAGGGAGAUCCUGGUUUCCCUGGCGGCCCCGGUUCACCAGGACGAUCUGGAUUUGAUGGCGGCCCAGGAUCCAAAGGUGAGCCCGGUUCACCUGGUAUCCCUGGAGCUCGUGGCCCACCUGGAUCCCCAUCCAUUGGCUCAUUGGGGGCCCCAGGCCCCACUGGACCUCCAGGCCCAAUGGGACCACCAGGAUUCCCUGGAUCAAACGGAGAGAAAGGAGACCCCGGUGCUCCAGGUCUAGAUAUCCCAGGUCUGCCAGGAGACAGAGGAAGUCCCGGUUUCCCAGGUUCCCCAGGACCACUCGGACCCCCAGGACCUCCUGGAGGACCUGGACGGGAUGGCCUGCCUGGACUGCCAGGCCAGAAAGGAGACAUGGGUCCCAUGGGAUCUCCAGGACCUUCUGGAGGACCAGGUGGCCCAGGAGGACCUGGUGCUCCCGGACUUAAAGGUGAAUCUGGAUUCCCAGGUAGAGACGGUGCACCCGGUGGUCCCGGUAGUAAAGGAGAGAGGGGAGACCCUGGUGUCCAAGGACCCCCAGGAGCCAGCCAGGCACCAUCAACACCCACAAAGGGAGCCAAAGGAGAUCCAGGACUACCAGGUGUACCAGGUAUUCCAGGUCAGAAAGGCAUCUCCGGUCUCCCUGGUGACCCCGGCCUGUCAGGAUCAGAUGGUCGCCCUGGACUCCCCGGACCACCAGGUCCUAAGGGAGAUCCUGGCAUCCCAGGAACUUCAGGUGGUCCCGGAGCUCCAGGACAAAAAGGCGGCAUGGGAGAAAUGGGAUUUCCAGGACCAUCAGGGCAGAAGGGUCUACCAGGUCAGCCGGGACGGCCAGGAUCCUCAGGACAGCCAGGAUCACCUGGUUUCCCUGGAUCCAAAGGUGAACCAGGUUCUGCAGGAGUCGGACCACCUGGACAACCUGGAAUCAAGGGUGAGCCAGGCCAGCCAGGGUUCCCAGGAGGCUCAGGACUCAAAGGAACUCCAGGAUCUCCCGGUCUCCCAGGUUUACCUGGAGGACCAGGCAUCAAAGGUGACCCCGGCCUCCCAGGAUUCCAAGGUUCUCCUGGUAUCCCAGGUCCCAAGGGUCUCGACGGUGCGCCCGGUGGUCCAGGUCUCACUGGAGCUCCCGGUAGACCAGGAGAGCCAGGACGAUCAGGAGCACCAGGACAGCCAGGAGAGAAAGGUCAGGCAGGACGUGAUGGUAUCCCAGGACCUGCUGGAGUCAAAGGAGAGCCAGGCCCUCCUGGUUUCGGUGGCCCCGGUCCUUCUGGGCUUCCAGGGUUGCCAGGCGCCAAGGGAGACCCAGGUCUUCCCGGUCCCUCUGGCAGUCCUGGUUUCCCCGGUACUAAAGGAGAGGCUGGCUUCCCUGGUAACCCUGGUUCUCCAGGAAACACUGGCCCUCCUGGGCCUCCAGGACUGGCUCUGCAGGGCCCUAAAGGACUCCAAGGUCCCCCUGGACCACCCGGACGAGCAGGUCCCUCAGGUCCAGCCGGCCCAGAGGGUCCUCGCGGACCCCAAGGAAGUGGCGGCGUUAAAGGCGAGAAGGGUAUUCCUGGCGCUCCAGGCCAGCCUGGCUUCCCCGGGCAGAAGGGAGAGUCUGGUGUUCCAGGAUUCCCAGGCAGCUCUGGUCUUCCUGGUGCCCCCGGUAUAAAGGGAGACAUCGGUCUGCCUGGCGUUCCUGGAUUCCCUGGACCCAAGGGAGAGUCAGGAAUCCCUGGUGGCAUCGGUGUUCCCGGAGACCCUGGAGAAAUAGGACUUACUGGCCCUCCUGGUGACCCCGGUAUACCUCCGGCUCCGAUCGUGGUGAAGGGAGAGCGAGGACCCCCCGGUCCUCCGGGCGGACGUGGUUCUCCGGGAGCACCUGGUUCCCCUGGACGCGAGGGACUCCCAGGUCAACCUGGUAACCCUGGAGAUCCUGGUACGGAGGGUCCUCCUGGCUUCAGCGGCCCACCUGGCAGGAAGGGAGACACUGGACCCGCCGGGCAGCCUGGUCAGCGUGGUUACCCAGGUCCCCCUGGUUCAGACGGUCCACAGGGUCCUCCUGGUCUUCCAGGAACAGCCUCUGCAGCCCACGGCUUCCUCAUCACCCGACACAGCCAGGGCCAGGAAGUGCCCUUCUGUCCCGAGGGAACAAACAUCAUCUACGACGGCUACUCCCUGCUGUACGUGCAGGGCAACGAGAGGGCACACGGACAGGACCUCGGCACGGCCGGCAGCUGUCUGCGCAGGUUCAGCACCAUGCCCUUCAUGUUCUGCAACAUCAACAACGUCUGCAACUUCGCCUCCCGCAACGACUACUCCUACUGGCUGUCCACUCCCGAGCCCAUGCCCAUGUCCAUGGCCCCCAUCACCGGAGAGAGCAUCAAGCCUUUCAUUAGCAGGUGUGCAGUGUGUGAAGCUCCAGCCAUGGUGAUUGCAGUCCACAGUCAGACCAUUCAGAUCCCCUCGUGCCCUACAAACUGGGAAGCUCUGUGGAUAGGAUACUCCUUCAUGAUGCACACCAGUGCGGGUGCAGAGGGCUCCGGUCAGGCCCUGGCCUCCCCCGGCUCUUGCCUGGAGGAGUUCCGCAGCGCUCCCUUCAUCGAGUGCCACGGCAGGGGGACGUGCAACUACUACGGCAACUCCUACAGCUUCUGGCUGGCCACUGUAGAACCCAGUGAGAUGUUCAGGAAGCCGCAGUCGGAGACGCUCAAGGCGGGUAACCUACGGACACGCGUCAGCCGUUGCGUGGUUUGCAUGAAGAGGACGUAACAGCACACGGCAACGA